GAAAUGCUUAAUUUGGCCUUGGGAGGCGCGUGACUGACGCUAACGAAUAACAACCCCUCUUGGAGUUCUCACGUUUCCUUAUAAAAAUGAGAGAAACUUUUUGUGGUCUAACGUAAUUGAAGUCAAAGAAUGGCUACACUGGCUAAAACAGUACAUGAGUGGCUUGAGAAUGUGCAUAGUAAACGUCUUUCUACCGCCAGUUCUGCUGAAAAUUUCAAAUUUCACAAAUCAAGAAUAAGGCAUUUGUCUGGGCCAGGCACUUUCCCUGAAAAAGAUGAUGAAUUCGGACAGGGUGGAGUGCUUUACUGGAUGUCACGUGAUCAACGAGUUCAGGAUAACUGGGCUUUUAUCUAUGCACAACGUCUGGCAAUCAAAUUCGAAGUCCCACUGCAAGUAUGUUUUUGUUUGGUUCCUGCUUACCAAGCUGAUACUUUGAGACAGUUUGCAUUUAUGAUUGGUGGACUGACUGAAGUAGAACUAGAAUGUCGUUCAUUGAAUAUCCCAUUUCAUUUAUUGAUUACCUCCAAUCAAAUUGAUAGACCUGAAGAUGUAUCUUCUGGAUGCAAGCACAGAUGGUCCGAUGAAAAUGCUCGAUUUAAUCAAACUGAUCAAAUAGAAAAAAAUUUUCUUUAUGAAACGUGUGUUGCAAAAUCGGUUGUUGGUUUGGCAAAGCUAUUGAAUGUUGGAUGUUUGGUCACAGACUUCUGUCCUUUAAGAGCACCUCGUACAUGGGUAAAAAUAGUUAUUGAUGAACUACCUAAUAAUAUCCCUUUUUGUGAAGUUGAUGCCCAUAAUAUUGUUCCAGUUUGGUGUGGAUCAGAAAAACGAGAGUAUUCUGCUCGAACUAUCAGAUCAAAACUGUUUGAACAAUCUCCGAAGUUUCUAACAGAUUUUCCACCUAUUAUUAAACAUCCUUGUUCCAGUGAAACUACCGUCCUUCCUCCGCCUGUUAAUUGGGAGUUAAUUUUAUCUAAUUAUGUUGGUGACAAAAGUGUGAAACCUGUGGACUGGGCUGUACCUGGAACUCAAGCUGGUUUAAAAAAUCUAUACGAAUUUAUCGGCAAACGUUUAAAAAAAUUCGACCCUCAUAGAAAUGACCCUGCUCAUCCAGCUCUUAGCGGAUUGUCACCUUGGUUACAUUUUGGUCAAAUCGCUCCUCAGCGUGCUGUUCUUGAAGUAGUUGCUGUUCAAAAGCACUUUGGACGAUCGGCCGAUAUCUUCAUUGAAGAAUGCUUUAACAGAAGAGAGUUGGCUGAUAAUUUUUGUUUCCAUACACCUUUCUAUGAUUCGAUUAAAGGUGCACUUGACUGGGCACGUGAAUCACUUAUGACACACUCAACAGAUAAACGAGAUCCAGCGUACAGUAAAACCCAGAUGGAAACUGCCCAAACUAAUGACGAUCUAUGGAAUGCAGCCCAACGUCAAUUAGUGCUCAAGGGCAAGAUGCAUUGGUUUCUGCGCCAGUAUUGGGCCAAAAAGAUACUUGAGUGGUGCGCAGAGGGUCCAGAAUCGGCUAUUCAAAUAGCAAUAUACUUAAACGAUCGUUACAGUUUAGAUGGGACAGAUCCAAAUGGAUACGUUGGUAUUAUGUGGGCAAUAUGUGGUGUUCAUGAUCAAGGCUGGCCUGAACGACCUAUUUUCGGUAAAAUACGAUAUAUGAACUAUAAAGGAUGUUUACGGAAAUUUUCUGUUCCUACAUUUGUAUCACGGUACCCCGAAAAAUUGGAUUAAACAACUAAAAUCACAUCAAAGGGAAGAUAAAAUUUAAUAGUUCUAUAUAUAUGCAUUUAUACCUUUUUACCGUUUGUUUUUGCCUAUAAUAUUUUUUUCCAGCCGGAUCUACUCCGAGGUAUUUAUUUCCUUUAUAUUAAUAGAUAUUUUGUAUAUC